AUGUUUACUGAAAAGACUAAAGAAGGUACCGUCAAUAGUAGAAGGCUUAUGGCCGUAGCACUUUUCUGUGCCAUCAUCAACGGUUGUACUAUGGGUGUUGAUCAAUCUAUGAUGAACAAUCUCAACAUGAUUGAUCAGUAUAUUGACUACUUCAAUUUGGACUCGAACAUGGAAGGUUUGUUUUCUGCUGCCAUCAACAUUGGUUCCGUCGUUGGAGGUUUUUUCGCCUCUCAGCUCAUUGAGAUUAACGUGGUUGGCCGUAAGGGUGGUAUUUUAAUUAGUUGUUUGCUCACCUAUUUGGGUGUUGGCUUGCAAACUGGUGCCCAGAAUAGAGCUAUGUUCAUUAUUGCUAGAAUUAUUAUUGGUAUUGCUGUCACCAUAAAUGCUGUGUCAGCUCCGACCUAUGUUGCUGAGAUGGUCAAGGCAAAGUAUAGAGGUUUCUUUGCCGGUGUUUACAUGGCUUCUUGGUAUUUUGCUGCUAUCAUUACUACUGGUAUCUCUCUUGGUACAUAUACAUUGCAGAGCACUUGGGCAUGGAGAGGAAUCUCUCUAUGGCAGUUGUGUCCUUCCUUGUUCGCAGUGGUGAUUCUCCCAUUUAUUCCUGAAACUCCUAGAUUCCUUGUCUUUGUUGGUAGAGAAGAUGAUGCUCUUGAUGUGCUUAAGAAGUAUCAUGGCAAUGGUUUAGAGACUGAACUCGUCAAGAAUGAAUUCUUAGAGAUUAAGAACGUUUUAAAUUAUGAGAAGGAAAGCAAGAUCGGCUGGAUCGACUUGCUCAAGACAAAGGGAAACAGGAUGAGAAUGUGGAUUAUCUUCUGGAUGGGUGUUGCUUCUCAGUUUACCGGUAGUAAUAUUGUCGGUACUUAUUUGGGUCUUUUCUUAGAUAAUUCCGGUAUCACUUCUACUAGAAAGCAGAUAGUCAUUAACUUGACUCUCCAAGUUUGCAACUUUGUCUUUGCUAUUCUUGGUUCCUGGCUUACUGAAGGUUGGGGACGUAGACCUAUUAUAGUGUACUCCACUGUUUUCAUGGGUAUAUGUCUAUUCAUCAUGGGAGCACUUCAAAGUAAGUUCUCUGAUGGCUCAAGUACCGCGGGUUCAAAUGCUUUGAUCUUUAUGGUCUAUUUAUUUAGUGUUACUUAUGCGUUCUCGUUUACUCCACUAUGCAUUUCCUAUCCUGUGGAGAUUGUUAACUAUUCUAUCAGAACCAAAGGUAUGGCUAUCUCUCAGAUUGUCACUUUCGCCUUUGGUUUCUUCAACCAGUAUGCCUUGCCUAUUGCGUUGGAUCAUAUUUCUUGGAAGUACUAUAUGAUUAAUGGUACUUACAACUUCCUUCAGGCUCUUCUCUUUUACUUCAUUAUCGUCGAAGUUAAGGGUUUGACUUUGGAAGAAAUCGAUGAGAAAUUUGAUGGUGUUUCCCACACUCAUGUUCCUAUUCUUGACUCUAGAGAAAACUCUGUUGAGGAUUCUGCUGAUAGUGACAAGGAUAAGGUUUAA